CAAAUACCUGACUAUGACCUUCAUCACCCUGGCUGUCAUCAUGAUGUGUUCCGCCAUGUCCCUCAACAUCACGUACCAAAAGCGUCGCAUCAAGAACAGAUUCUUGAGGAUACUGUUCUUUCGGAUCUUGGCCACCAUGGUGUUCAAGAGACAGGAUGGUCUGAGGAAGAUGACUGAAAGAAACGUUCAGUCAGCAAAAAGUGAUGGUCAAGAUUUAAAUAGACCCAACAACUUCUCCCUCUGUGAGGAAACACGCGACAACACACCCCAAGUCAUACAAAGCAGAGAAAACGUCUCGGAAGAGAACGACAUGGAACUUGUUGCCAUCAUCGUCGACCGAAUGUUCCUUUGCACGUUCCUCGUGAUCGAGAUCUGUAUGAUAUUCAUGUUCAGAGCCACCUUCUCCGAUGAUGCUUAGACUCGACGUUGAUACAUUAGAUUUAUUUAUUUAUAAUGAUAAGAUCAAUGUAUAUGUCGCCACUACUGUUUAAAUAUACUAUACUGAACAGUG